GACAUUGACGUUUUCAUACAUCACCUUUUCGCUCGACAUCAGUCAUUUAUUCUCUUACGACGAAAUAGAGGAAAACUUUUGUUGGCUGAUAUCGGAAUUUUCAAUUCAUUAAAAUGGGUUCACCACUGUUCUCGAUUGCAACACUGAAAAAGCAUCCAGCUUUGAUUCCACUCGUUGUCAUCAUUGGAAUUGGAGGCGGCCUCGCAGGUGGUAUUUUGUGGCGUUUGGCAACCCAAAGCCCCGAUGUUACAUGGAAUCGAUCGGGCAAUCCAGAACCAUGGGAGAAAUACCGUAACAAACAGUACAAGUUCUAUUCACCAAAUAUAGAUUAUUCAAAAUUGGAAUGCCCUGCCCCAGACUACCGAAAGGGUGUUGAAGAAAGCAAAUAAAUCCAACACAACAUUUGUCAUAGAGUAAACUUAAUUUCACCGAAUUGAAAUAAAAUGAGAAAAGAAAAUCUUUAGUAGAGCA